GUAUUCUCCUUCAGUUGUGCUCUGCUCAGUUGAGAGAACCUUCUCCUGCAUCAGGUCCUCCUUGUUUCAGUACUGAGGCCAGCCUUGCUAACUAGCCAACCAGGAUGGAAGCAAUUAAGAAGAAGAUGCAGAUGCUGAAGCUGGAUAAGGAGAAUGCCAUAGACAGAGCAGAGCAAGCUGAAGCAGAUAAAAAGGCAGCUGAGGACAAGUGCAAACAGGUGGAGGAUGAGCUGGUGGCACUGCAGAAGAAGCUCAAGGGAACAGAAGAUGAACUGGAUAAAUACUCUGAAGCACUGAAAGAUGCCCAGGAGAAAUUGGAACAAGCCGAGAAAAAGGCCACUGAUGCUGAAGGAGAAGUAGCUGCCUUGAAUCGUCGAAUCCAGCUUGUAGAAGAAGAAUUGGACAGAGCUCAGGAACGUCUAGCUACAGCUUUACAGAAACUGGAAGAAGCAGAAAAGGCAGCUGAUGAGAGCGAGAGAGGUAUGAAGGUAAUAGAGAACCGAGCAAUGAAGGAUGAGGAAAAAAUGGAAAUUCAGGAAAUGCAACUCAAAGAAGCCAAACAUAUUGCAGAGGAAGCAGAUCGCAAAUAUGAGGAGGUGGCUCGUAAAUUGGUCAUUCUUGAGGGUGAGCUGGAGAGGGCAGAGGAGCGCGCCGAAGUGUCUGAACUUAAGUGUGGUGAUCUAGAAGAAGAACUGAAAAAUGUAACGAACAACUUAAAAUCUUUGGAAGCUCAAUCUGAAAAGUAUUCUGAAAAAGAAGACAAAUAUGAAGAGGAAAUAAAGAUCUUAACAGACAAACUAAAAGAGGCUGAAACCCGGGCUGAGUUUGCAGAAAGAACAGUUGCCAAACUAGAAAAGACUAUUGAUGAUCUUGAAGACAACUUGGCUAAUGCCAAAGAAGAAAAUAUGGGAAUGCAUCAAGUUAUGGACCAAACGCUACUUGAACUCAACAAUUUAUAAUCGGAAGUGAAGAAAAAAUCCUGCACAUCAUUCCUUAAAGUCUUUCAUUCUCACUUCUUCUUUAUUAUCUCUUAACAUUCCAGGGGAAAACAGCAAUGAAUGCGACCAAAUAUUUUAUUUUUUAAAAGAAACCAUUCACAAACAUGAGCUUAAACCUCAUUGUGCCGUGCCUUUUUUAAUAUUUCUUUUUUUUAUAUGCUAAGGUCCCAUGUACAUUACUAGAUUAGUCACAAAUGUCUUCAGUGUUUUUUGUCUCCUAUGUUAUUCUGUUACAAGACCACAAAGUGUUGAAAAGCUAUUACAGAAGUAUGGGAAUCCCAACAAAUAAAACAAAAACUGGGAAAAGUGUUAUUUGUAACAAUGUUAUAGUGGUUAUUGUGAAAAUAUAAAUUCUUUAUUAAAUAUGGCACAUUUUGGAUACAA